CUGGUUACCAUGACAACCUUGAAAGUAAUUUUACAGAAAGUACCCUAGCAAACCCCUAGCAAACGUUGAUUUUAAAAAAAAGAAGAAGAAUUCAGGGUUAAUUGCUUAAUAUUUACAGCCUGCAGACGUGCCGUCGGUGGUAUGCGACAGGAGAGAAAAGACUCCCCUCAAAACCAAGAACAGCUUAAAGAAGUAGUGGAUGUGAGAAAGCAGAGCCUGAUGCAGCACAAGAAUGAGGGUGAAGGUGACGCCAUGUGCUGCAGUAUGGACACCUCCAGGUGGUCCACUCCCUCCAGCCUGCACUGUGCCUCUAAUAGUUUACACUACUCAUCAGACUUUGAAGACAAAGCUGACUCGUUUGCGGACAAGACCCCAGAAGCCAAGUCACCCAGAGGGAAAAAAGCAAAAGGGCCCCACAGGCCACAGGCAAAAAACUAUGCUACAACCCUCCAUGUCUUCAAGUUGCCUCCAAUCAAGCCCCUGCAGAUUUCAAGGCCUCCGCUUGAUUCUGACAACUUCAAUUGCAUCAGAGAGCUGAGGAGCAAGGUUUGGGACCUGAAGCAGCAGCUGAGCGAGGUCAAGACUGAGAACAAGCUGCUGAAGAAGCUCCAGCAUCGCCACACGAUGGCACUGCAGCACUACCAAGACUCAGAAGGCAGCCUCUCACAGAUCCUCACCAAACAGAAUAAUGAAGCCCGAGUGCUGCAAGGGUUGCUACACGAAACCCGCAUCUGCCGUGACAAUCUGGCAAGGCAGCUCCAAGCUAAGGAAAACAAGUUGCUAAACACAAAGGCCAGUCUCCAGCACCUACAGCAGCUCAGCCAGGAUCAAAGCCUGCUGGAGAGGGAGGAACUCACCGUCAGGCUAACCAACGCCACUGCCGAGCUGGAGGAAAAGGACAAGAGGAUAGUGGACUUGGAGAGGAAUCUUGAGUUAUGCCAAGCCUCAUUCAAUCGGCAAAUAAUCACUGAACAAAGAAAGAUCAACAAAGCGAGACAGGUAUCCUACUACCUUCAAGAGCAACUAUGUCAGCAAAGCAAGGAAAUUCAAGAUAAACAGAGAGUACUGGAAACACACAAUAUUUACUCCCACAAAUUUCAAAAAAGAUUGACCAAAAAAGAAAGCAAGACGGUUCAAACAGAUGGGUUAAUCCUUCUCCCCACUGAGGCGGCAAGGCUUCUGAAGUUGGACAUUACGGAGACUGAUGAGAGACUGGAGGAGGACAGCUCAGUGAAGGAGUGUUGUUACAAUCCAGUGCAGGAGUUUUUGCUAAUAGAGACCCCAAAUAUAGAGGUUUCUGCAAAUGUCACAUUAGAAGAGAAUGUCCAAGAGGAUACUGAGACAUUUGCAGAUGCCAGUCAGCACAACAGCUGUCCAAAAGAGAGGCUAGAAGAUGACACUGAGGGAGACAGUGUCAUAGAAAAGGAAGCAUCAGAGGUUCCAAAGGUGUCUGAGAAAGGGCAGGAAACAGAGGAACAUGAAAGUUCUGAAAAGUCUCUGAAUACAGCUGAACCUAAGAGAAAUGCAAACACACCCCCCAAAAUCAGAUGCAACUACACCUUCAAGCGGUCUAUUAAGAACCUACACAAUGGAAUCCCUGCAUCCUCCAGGGUGGAUCUGAAUCCCUAUGAAAGCUCCAAGAGCCUGAUGAGUGUGGAAACCCACAGCUGUAAAAUUGGUGCACUUCAUCUGCCAGCUGGGAAAUCAAGAAGAAGUGCAGUACGAAGCCCUCAGUGUGAGUAAAGACAGAAAGAGCAGACUGAUGAGGAUCCCGUAAAGUCACUGAUGUAGUGGCUAUACUUUCCAGCUGCCAUACACACAAGAAAAUUGUAUGAGGGAAUUUCAAUUGUACUGAUUUUCUCAUCCUGAAAUAUUUCUAAAUAAAUUACUUUUUUUUAGAUUCAAGCACAACA